GUCAUUUUAAGAUGCUAUAGAGGAAGAAUUGACGACAUGUAUGAACACGUGACAGCGGAUAGGAGAGUGUGUAACAAAUUCAAUCUCCUCUACGGCACACUCGGUUAAUCCCCCCCGUUCUCGCAGGCGGCAUGUUGAAACCAACAAUAACACUACUGAGUCAGUACCGCAAGACACGCCGAGUCGAAUGCACGCACCAUUUGGCGGCUAUCAACCGCAGCCCUCAAGCCUCGAUGUCGCGCGUGGAUCUUCCCCCACCCGGCAGGUAUGCGUCCCCACGUUAUCCCAUGCACCAUUCGGCGCUUCAGCUUCAACCUCCACCUAUUCCUCACUUUGCGCCGGCGGCUGGUAGUAGAGCGGACUUUCGAGUUGGUGCUUUGCACAACUUCAAGCUUUUGCAAGCUUCCAGUUUGACGACUCAACACCAACAGAUCGAGAGCUGCGGAGAGUCAAAGUUGACCGCGCCGGUGCUAUGCCGAGGUGUGACUCGACGUAACCAUAUUUUGCAGAUUGGCAGCCAGACCCAGAAUUUCCUCGGCUUUCAUCUGACACCACACCACGUCCUAAAAAUGAGCAAAAAUCAAAUCUAUAUAGAGGCGGUACGACUCUACAACACUCUAAAUUCGUGGAAGAUAAUAUGAAG